AUGUCGGGGAGUGGAGGGGACCUGAGGGAUGCUUCUGCGCAGGCGCGUGCCGCCUAACUCUACCCGGGAAGAAGCCAAGUUCUCUUUUCGCUUUUGGAAAUGGGCACACCGCAGAAGGAUGUUAUUAUCAAGUCAGAUGCACCUGAUACCCUAUUAUUGGAGAAGCAUGCAGAUUAUAUUGCAUCCUAUGGCUCAAAGAAAGACGAUUAUGAGUACUGUAUGUCCGAGUAUUUGAGAAUGAGUGGCAUCUAUUGGGGUCUGACUGUAAUGGAUCUCAUGGGACAACUACAUCGCAUGAAUAGAGAAGAAAUUCUGACAUUUAUUAAGUCAUGUCAACAUGAGUGUGGUGGAAUAAGUGCUAGUAUUGGACAUGAUCCUCAUCUUUUGUAUACUCUUAGUGCUGUCCAGAUUCUUACUCUGUAUGAUAGUAUUAAUGUCAUUGAUGUAAAUAAAGUUGUGGAAUAUGUUCAAAGUCUACAGAAAGAAGAUGGUUCUUUUGCUGGAGAUAUUUGGGGAGAAAUUGAUACAAGAUUCUCUUUUUGUGCGGUAGCAACUUUGGCCUUGUUGGGGAAGCUGGAUGCUAUUAAUGUGGAAAAGGCAAUUGAAUUUGUUUUAUCGUGUAUGAACUUUGAUGGUGGAUUUGGUUGCAGGCCAGGUUCUGAAUCUCAUGCGGGGCAGAUCUAUUGUUGCACAGGAUUCCUGGCUAUUACUAGUCAGUUGCAUCAAGUAAAUUCUGAUUUACUCGGUUGGUGGCUUUGUGAACGACAGCUGCCCUCAGGUGGACUCAAUGGAAGGCCAGAGAAGUUACCAGAUGUAUGCUAUUCGUGGUGGGUGUUGGCUUCCCUAAAGAUAAUUGGAAGGCUUCAUUGGAUUGAUAGAGAGAAACUGCGCAGUUUCAUCUUAGCAUGCCAAGAUGAAGAAACAGGAGGAUUUGCAGACAGGCCAGGAGAUAUGGUAGAUCCUUUUCAUACUUUAUUUGGAAUUGCUGGAUUGUCACUUUUGGGAGAAGAACAGAUUAAGCCUGUUAGUCCUGUUUUUUGCAUGCCUGAAGAAGUACUUCGGAGAGUGAAUGUUCAGCCUGAACUAGUGAGCUAGAUUUAAAUCCCUCGAUGCAAAAGUUGCAUAGUAUAGUUUGCCUUCUUAAUGUUUUGGUAUUUGAAGUGCUUAGCAAACUUGAUGACUACUACUGUGUUAAUAUUUUGUAAAUGAAUUGUGUCAAUUAAUUUUAAUAAAUUAUUGUAAUUAUACAUACUGUAAAAAAACCUUUAUUGUAUCUUAAGCUUUGUUUUCUUCAGGAAUGCUGUUAUUCUCAGUACAAUAUUUUGUUUAUGCUUCAUUGUAUUUGUAAAUUUAUCUCUCUCCUUAACAGCUUAGUUGAACUGUUUAGCUGAAGUCUUUGUUCAGUCUGAAUUUUCCAUGUACUCCCUUCAUGUUAUAUAAAUAAAUACAGUUAAUGUAAAUUGGUCUGUGUUAAUGAGAAUGUUAACUGAUAAAACUUGAUGAACCUCAUGCGAAUUAAAAGGUGCAAAUAAAUGGCUGUUGGAAUUUGGGAAUA